CUGAAACCUUAGGUUUUUACUCAUCCGCCAAAUCCUCUAACUCGUUCUUGCCUCUCGUCUCUUCAAUCUUUUGCUUCUCUUUAAGAUCUUGAAGAUGUAUACAUCAAGGAAGAAGAUCCACAAAGAUAAGGAUGCUGAACCAACAGAAUUCGAGGAGUCAGUUGCCCAGGCAUUCUUUGAUUUGGAGAAUACCAACCAGGAUCUGAAAAGUGACCUCAAAGAUCUCUACAUUAAUUCGGCUGUCCAAGUUGAUGUCUCUGGGAGCCGGAAAGCUAUUGUUAUCCAUGUCCCCUACAGAUUGAGGAAAGCUUUUCGCAAGGUUCAUGUUAAGCUUGUGAGGGAACUUGAAAAGAAGUUCAGUGGCAAGGAUGUGAUUCUUAUUGCCACCCGGAGGAUAUUGAGGCCUCCGAAGAAAGGUUCUGCUGUUCAGAGGCCACGCAGCCGCACAUUGACUGCUGUUCAUGAGGCAAUGCUAGAAGAUAUUGUUUUACCUGCUGAGAUUGUCGGGAAGCGCACUAGAUAUAGACUUGAUGGAUCAAAGAUAAUGAAGGUCUUUUUGGACCCCAAGGAACGAAACAACACAGAGUAUAAGCUCGAUGCCUUUUCUGCAGUUUACCGGAAGCUUGCUGGAAAGGAUGUUGUGUUUGAGUUCCCAGUCACAGAGGCAUAGAGAAGUCCUUUUCAAGUAUUGUGACACCUUUUGUCUGGUCUUUCUUCUUCUAAAACUGUUUUUCGUGGGGGCGUAUUUAAAAUUUUUGACAUUUGAGUUUUCAAAACAAGCAGAGAAAUGUCAUGAUGGAUUUAUUUUAUGUACUAUGACGUAUUUUGUGUUGUGGUAUGGCAUUUAAUGAUGUAGGAUUACAAGUUUUAAAAAA